UAAUCUACGGAACUGCACGACACUCUGACUUUAUCUACUUACGGAAGCCAGAGUACAGUUCGCUGCGCUCAAUAAUCUCGCUCACAUUUGCGGGCGAUUCCUCACCGCAACGACGCCCUUUUCAGCAAGGAGGUUAUGCAGAAGCAGCUGCGGCGGCGGAAGAGACAAUGGAGAAGCUAGAAUCCGCAGUGAAAAAAUCGGAGUUGAAGCAGAGGACUCUGCGCCAGGCGUACGACUGCGUCCACGAGCAAGCGAAGUCCCUCAUGUUCUUUUCCGGACAGUGGAAGGACCUCGAGGACCACUUGGAGUCCACGCGCCGCUCCGUCGAGGCCCGAUUCCGGGAACUCGAGCACCGCGAGGAGGAAGUCCGAGUCCGGGACGAGGAUUUGGAAGCCAGAGAGUCGAGUUUCCGCUCGGAGAUGGAGGCGAAAUCCAACGAGUUGCAAGUGCUUCAGAAGUUGAUCGAAGCGAGAAAGGACGAGCUGAUCUCGCUCCAAUCGGUGAUUCAAGAGCACAGCGAAGAGGUUGCUGUUCAGGAGAGGCGGUUGACGGAAGUGGAGGAUUUCGUAAGGGAGAAGGAGAGGGAGUGUGAAUUCAUCGAGGGGCGCAUUGGUGAGAGGACGAGAAAAUUGAAUUGGGUGGAGGCGAAGGAGCGGGAGGCGGCGGAGCGGUUUGAAGAACUGUUGGACAAGUGCAAGGCGGACAUUGAGUUGAAAGAGAGGGAGUUGGGAGACAUUCUGAGGUCGAUCGAGGCGCGAAAGGCGGAGUUUGAUUUGAGCGGGGAGGAGCUGGAAUCGGCGCAAAGGUUGAUUGAGGAAUGUGAGAGGGAGUUGAGAGCGAAAGCGGCGGACAUUGAGUUGAAAGAGAGGGAGUUGGGAGAGAUUCUGAGGUCGAUCGAGGCACGAAGGGCGGAGUUUGAUUUGAGCGGGGAGGAGCUGGAAUCGGCGCGAAGGUCAAUUGAGGAAUGUGAGAGAGAGUUGAGAGCGAAAGCGGAGGAAAUCGAAUUGAGGGUAGGAAGGAUAAGGGAAAUGGAUUUGAAAGAGAGUGAUUUGGGUUUGCUUGAGAAUGCAGUGGAGGAGUGGAGUUGUGAGCUGCAAUUGAGAGAGAAAGAGCUUGAAAAAUCGAAAGAAGAAGGCGAAAAGUAUUUAGAUAAAGUCUCCAGGGGACUUCAAGGGAGAGAGAUCCAACUGCAAAGGAAGGAGAGCUUACUGCAGAGGAAGGAGAGCCAACUUCAUCAGCAGGCCAGAGAGCUUGCAUUGAAACAUAAAGAAAUGAAGGAAAUCGCUGAAGAACACACCAAAACUCUGAAGUCGAAAGAGAGGCAAAUUGAAGAUCAGGCCAAAGAGAUUGAGUUGAAGCAGAAAGAAAUUGAUUCGUUAAAAAAAUCCGCUGAGGAACGUACCCAAAACCUGAAAUCGAAAGAGGGACAACUUGAAGACAGGGCCAAAGAGCUUGAGUUGUUGAAGCAGAAGGAAUUGGAUUCGAUAAAAAAAAUGGCUGAAGAACAAGCUGAAACCCUGAAAUCCAAAGAGAUGCAACUCAAAAAGCAGGCAAAGGAGCUGGCAUUGAAGCACAAGGAAUUAGAUUCGAUCAAAGAAACCGCUGAAGAACAUGCCGAAACCCUGAAAACGAAAGAGGGCCAACUUGAAGACAUGGCCAGAGAGCUUGAGUGGAAGCAGAAGGAAAUUGAUUCAAUGAAAAAAAUGGCUGAAGAACAAGCUGAAACCCUGAAAUCGAAAGAGAUGCAACUCGAAGAGCAGGCAAAGGAGCUGGCAUUGAAGCACAAGGAAUUAGAUUCGAUUCAAAAAUCCGCUGAGGAACACACCGAAAACCUGAAAUCAAAAGAGAGGCAACUCGAUGACAGGGCCCUAGAGCUUGAAUUGAAGCGGAAGGAAAUCGAUUCAAUGAAAAAAUCCGCUGAAGAACAAGCUGUAACAUUUCAAUCUAAAGAGAGGCCACUCGAAGACAAGACAAAAGAGCUUGCAUUGAAGCAGAUAGAAUUGGAUUCGAUCAAAAAGGCAGCUGAAGACCACACCGAAACCUUGAAUUCGAAAGAGAGGGAACUCGAUCAACGGAGGAAAGAGCUUGCAGUGCAGCAGAAAGAAGAUUCGAUCAAAGCAGAUCAUUCUCCCGCAAGUAACGAAUCCAGCAUCGAUUCGGGUGGCAGAGGUCAGAAACGCAGUACCGCCACUUUUGACUCCGGGAUCCAACCGCAACAACAGCGCAAAAAGAAGUUUCGUCGGAAAUACGAAUCAGCUGUUCCACCGCUAGCUUUCAACCCAGGCUAUCCUCCGCCAUCUGAAUCCGCUAUUGCACAUUAUCGAGAGCGAAAUUACACCCCAGUAGGCUAUCCAUCUCGGCAUUACAAAAAUGGUGGACACCUCCUACACGCCAUCCAUACUUUUGGUCCGGAUCCGGGAAUACAUUACCGGCCGCAUCCAUACUUUCCCGGCCCUCCUCCUACACGCCGUCGGAGAUAUGUUCGUCCGACUUUGUUAUAAAUGCUCUAGACCUAGUUUGACUAGUUUUGAAACCUUGAUUUUUGGAGAGAUUGUUAUUUCUUAUGUGCAAUCGAGGAUAUAUUAUGCAA